AUGCCUCCCCUCGAGGAAGCGAUCGAUGAUCCCACCAGCAAUGACGAGUACGUCGCGCAGCUGCUGGCCAGAGAUGCGCGGGACAGAUCUCUGAAAUACUCUGCUCUCGGGCUAGAGGCUUAUCUGCCUCGGAGAUCUACGGGGAAACCUCCCAAGCCCAACACACGCUUUUUGAAGAACAUCCUCAGGGAAACAGACAGCCACAAUGCGGCACUCAGGAGAAAGGAGGAGGAAGAUGCACGGGAGCGGAUGCGGCGGCUACACGGCUCGACCUCCUCGCGGAGAUCAGGUCGCGAUCGAGAAAGGCGGGAGAGUGAGCGAUACAGAGAUGAUGAUCGUGCGGACCGCCACCACUCCCGUCGGUUGCGAUAUGAGGAUUCCGUAGACAGCGACUGCGACGAUCGCUCACGGCGGCGACGAAGACACCACACCGACAGUGAGAGUGAGAGUGACCAUCACCGCUCGAGGAGACAUAGACAUAGUCGCCGGGAUGACCGUGACCGAUCGCGGCGACGAAGAGAGUCUUCCCGCUCACCGAGCCGGUCGAGACGUGAACGAGACAGGAAUUACAGCCGUCGCCACCGACACAGACACUCGUCUCGAUCUAGAUCGCCCCGUUCGCGAUCACCGAGAGCUUCGAGACGAGCAUAUGAUGAUGACUACAGGGACAGUCGUGACAGAGAUAGUCGUGACAGAGAUAGUCGUGACAGGGAUAGUCGUGAAAGGGACAGUCGUGAAAGGGAUAGGCAUAGAAACAGUCCAUCUACGUCUUACUCUCGAGAUCGACAGCGAGAGUCUAAAGAUAGAUCGCCAUCACCAUUGCGGCAAACUACAGACCAUCAUUCUUCAGACGAAGAUUCGGAUCCUCUAGAAGAUCUGAUCGGACCACUUCCACCAGACGCUCAUCAAAGACACCAGACUGCUUCCGUUCCGUCGCGGGGACGAGGAGCAUAUCGAUCGAAGGAGAGCAAUAUCGACGCACAUUUUGCGCCAGAUUACGACCCGAAUCUGGAUGUGCGGUUAGAGGAGGAGGACGAUACGGCUUCGACACGGCCCAAGCGGCGGCCGGUAGCGGGACUAAUGACGGAAGACGACGACUGGGACAUGGCGCUCGAAGCGCUGCGCGAUCGCGCUCAAUGGAAACAGAAGGGAGCGGAGCGGCUGCGAGCGGCCGGGUUUGGGGAGCAAGUAGUGGAGCGAUGGACGAAAGACCCGGCUUUUACGGGAACGAGCUAUGAGGGGAGAAUCGAGGAUGUGCGGUGGGCGAAGAAGGGAGAGGGGCGCGAGUGGGAUCGAGGGAAGGUGAUGAGCGAUGGGCAUUAUGAUGUGAAGGCGCCGUGGUAG